UGUGGCGCCUCUGAAGGGGGUCCUGACUCACACACACGUGGUGCCAUGGCCGACCUGCAGAUGAAGCUUCUGCGGAAGAAAAUCCAGAAACGAAAUGAGAAGAACAAAGAGCGAAAAGUGCUGCAGAGACGAGCCGAGGAGGAAGAGGAGGCCGGUAAAAGAAACGGGCUGCUGGAGGAGUGUGAGGAUCCAGCAGCUGCCUGUAAGACUGACAACAAGCCCGAGAAAGAACAGAAAGAGGAGACCACAGCAGAAGAAACUCCUCUGAAGAAGAAGUCAAAGAAGAAAAGAAAGCUCCCUGACACAUCUGGAUCACCAGCUGAAAAGAAGACCAGAACAGUGAAAGAAGAUGAAGAGGAGGAGGAGGAGGAGGAGGAGGAGGAAGGAGCGGAUGAAGAUGGAGAAAAGUCUCCUGACGAACCAGAGGGAGCGUCAGAUGAGGAGGAAGAGGAGGAUCAACCUGAGCUCCCUUCUGGUUUAACAGGAGCAUUCGAGGACACAUCCUUUGCCUCUCUCACUGAGCUGGUGAGCGAGCACACGCUGAAAGCAGUGAAGGAGAUGGGCUUCGAACACAUGACUGAGAUCCAGCACAAAAGUAUUCGCCCCCUGCUGGAGGGGAGGGAUGUUCUGGCUGCUGCCAAGACAGGUAGCGGUAAGACCUUGGCCUUCCUCAUCCCGUCUAUAGAGCUCAUCUACAAACUCAAGUUCAUGCCCAGGAACGGAACCGGUGUCGUGAUCCUCUCUCCCACGCGCGAGUUGGCAAUGCAGACGUACGGUGUGCUGAAGGAGCUGAUGGCGCACCACGUGCACACCUUUGGUCUGAUUAUGGGCGGCAGCAACCGCUCAGCUGAGGCCCAAAGACUGGCCAACGGUGUCAACAUCCUGGUGGCCACUCCUGGCCGUCUGCUGGACCACCUCCAGAAUACCACUGGAUUCAUGUACAAGAACCUACAGUGUCUGAUUAUUGACGAGGCCGAUCGUAUCUUGGAGGUGGGCUUCGAGGAGGAACUGAAGCAGAUCAUCAAACUGCUGCCGAAGAAGAGACAGACCAUGCUGUUUUCCGCCACUCAGACCCGUAAGGUGGAGGACUUGGCCCGUAUCUCCCUGAAGAGAGAGCCCCUCUAUGUCGGCGUGGAUGACAACAAAGACAACGCCACUGUAGAUGGCCUGGAGCAGGGUUAUGUAGUCUGCCCGUCAGAGAAGCGCUUCCUGCUGCUCUUCACGUUCCUGAAGAAGAACCGCAAGAAGAAGCUGAUGGUCUUCUUCUCUUCCUGUAUGUCUGUGAAAUUCCACUAUGAACUACUCAACUACAUCGACCUGCCUGUCAUGGCCAUCCACGGCAAGCAGAAGCAGACCAAACGUACCACCACCUUCUUCCAGUUCUGCAACGCUGACUCCGGCAUCCUGCUGUGUACUGACGUGGCAGCUCGAGGGCUCGACAUCCCUGAGGUGGACUGGAUCGUCCAGUACGACCCCCCAGAUGACCCAAAGGAGUACAUCCACAGGGUGGGCAGGACAGCCAGAGGCAUCAAUGGCAGAGGGCACGCGCUCCUGAUCCUCCGACCGGAAGAGCUCGGCUUCCUCCGCUUCCUGAAACAGGCAAAGGUCCCAUUGAGCGAGUUUGACUUUUCUUGGAGUAAAAUCUCCGAUAUCCAGUCCCAGAUGGAGAAGCUGAUUGAGAAGAACUACUAUCUCCACAAGUCAGCCCAAGAGGCCUACAAGUCCUACGUGAGAGCGUACGACUCCCACUCGCUCAAACAGAUCUACAGCGUCAACACCCUCAACCUCCCCAUGGUGGCGCAGUCCUUCGGCUUCAAAGUCCCCCCCUAUGUUGAUCUGAACGUCCACAGCGGUAGAGGUGUGAAGAUACAGAAGCGAGGCGGCGGAGGCGGUUUUGGAUACCAGAAGUCCAACAAGGUGCAAAAAUCCAAAUUCUUCAAGCACGUCAACAAAGGAAAGGGUGACAAGAGGCAGUUCUCCCGCUGAAGCCCUUCAAAAGAACUAAAUCCUGGACUGAUUCCUCUUCUGUGCAUUUGAAGAACUGGCCCCAUUUUUUUAUUUUGUAUUACAUGAACUUCCUGCUUUGAACCGGGUGCCAUGUUGUUUAGGGACCACUCGUCCCUCAGACAUUAUUUACACCCUGUUUUCCUCCUACGAGUUAUGUAAAGGUAUAUUGUAAAUGUAAACAUUGUGGGUGCUGAAGGAUUCCUCAUGUGGACGUCCUCUUCAACACAACUUUUCUAACAUUUCUUCCUUCCUCCUGACUGGUAAUAUUAAAUCUCUAUUGACUUUAAA